AUGAGGAAAAUGGACUUUGGUUCUACAUGGAUUAGCUGGAUCUCGAAAUGCGUCACAACAGUUUCUAUAUCAGUUUUGGUUAAUGGGGUUCCUACAGAGGAAUUCCCAAUGGCGAAGGGUAUUCGUCAAGGUUGCUCUUUGUCUCCUAUGUUAUUUAACAUAGUUGGGGAACUCCUUAAUCUUUUGCUUCAUAGGGUUGUUUCAGAAGGGUUAUUUUCGGGUAUGGUUAUUAGCAUGGAGAAGGGAACUUUCAAAUUAUCCCACCUUCAAUUUGCUGAUGACCUAAUAAUAUUCUGUGGUGCAUCUGAAAAGCAGGUUAUGAACGUGAAGAGAGUACUUCGAGUCUUUGAAGUUAUAUCUGGUCUCCAGUUGAAUUUAAAGAAGUCAAAACUAUUUGGGGUGAAUAUGAAUGAAGAGGAAAUAAGAGAUUGGCAAAUUCGGUGGGUUGUACUGUUGUGGUUCAUAGUUUCAACAAAGUUGGCAGGUUGGAAGGCAUCCUCUCUUUCUAUGGCAGGAGUUCCGGCUUCGGUUACAAGUCUAUCAAUUCUAUCAUGUCCAACUUCUUAUGGGGCGGAGGAAAUGGUCAGAACAAGAUUCAUUGGGUGGGUUGGCCCAAUGUGUCAAACCGAAAUUCGAAGGUGGAUUGGGGUUCCAAACAUUGACAAGGGACCUCAAGUUCAUCAGAUGUUAAUUUGGAAGAAUGUUUUGGAGUGGAUUUGUAUGGCAAGUUGUUAUAAGUUGGCAGUGAAGUCAGCUCUUGUUAAAAGAGGGGAUUCUUGUUCUCCUAACUCCAAACUGAUUGCAACUGUGAUUAAUUGGUCCCCUCCCCCAAAGGGCUUCAUCAAAUUAAAUGUCGAUGCUGCUACUACUACUGACUGGAAGAGAAGUGGGAUAGGUGGUGUUUUGAGAGAUGAUAACGGGACAAUCAUUGACUCUUACAAGGAAUCCGAUCGGUUGAUAAUUGAGAGUGACUGCAGGGUGGCAGUUGACUGGGUUAGGGAUUUCGUUUCAUGUCCUGUUGUUUAUGCUUACAUUGUUAAAGAUAUUAUUGAAAAACUUAGACUGUGUGAAGGUGUUAUUAGAUGGGUUAAUAGGGCAGCUAAUCUAGAGGCGGACACUCUAGCUAAGGCUGGAAUUGGUUAA